AUGGCGAACGUGGAUAACAAGGACGAAUCCGAAUACCCGCCUAUCGAUGAGGCUUGGAGGGCCAGAGAAAAACGCCUUGUUCGAAAGCUCGACAUGACACUCAUGCCUAUGGUCUGGGUCCUGUAUCUGUUCAACUACCUCGACCGAAACAAUAUUGCACAAGCCAAGUUGGAUUCAUUCGAGGAUGACCUCGGUCUCAAAGGAAAUCAGUUCAACAUUGCUGUUUCCAUUCUCAACGUCGGGUACAUGCUCGGUCAACUGCCCAGCAACAUGAUCCUCACUCGCGUCAGACCCUCGCUUUUCAUGCCAUUUUGGAUCUGCGCCUGGUCCUGCAUCUCUGCGGCUACGGCGGCUACCCAUAACUUCUCUGGGCUCAUUGCCGUGCGGUUCUUCCUUGGGGUCUGCGAAGCACCCUUCUUUCCCGGUGCCUUCUACCUGCUCUCCUGCUGGUAUACGAAGAAGGAGCUUGCUCUCCGUACAGCAGUCUUAUACUCUGGCCUUGUUUUAGCGACUGCCUUCUCUGGCUUGUUGGCUGCGGGCAUCUUUGCUGGCCUCUCUGGCGCCCGGGGUCUCAGUGGAUGGCGUUGGCUAUUUCUGCUUGAAGGCGUUGCUACCUUUGUCAUCGGUGUCCUGGCCAUCUUUAUCCUGCCGGACUUUCCAUCUUCCAAGUCUGGCUCGGCUACUUGGCUGCUUACUGACGACGAGCGGCAAUUGGCUGUGGAGAGAAUUGCUCGUGAUCAGGUUUCCAACCAGGAGUCAAACAGAUCCAUCUGGCACGGGCUGAGGACCGCAGCCAUGGACUUUCGCGUCUGGGUCUUUGCUUUCAUACUCUGCAGCAAUCAUACCGCGUACGGCUUCAACAACUUCUACCCUACUAUUGUCAAAGGCUUCGGCCUAGGCAGUCGAACAAUCACUCUCCUUUGUACAUGCCCUCCCUACUUUGUAGGGGCAAUCGUCUCCUUUGCUGUCGCUUACUCGAGCGAUGUCCGAGGUGAGCGCGGCUGGCAUAUCAGCGCCCCAAUGGGAGUAGCCAUCGUUGGCUUCAUCAUCUCGGUCUCGGCCCUCAAUUUGCCCGUUCGGUAUUUCGCAUCGUUCCUAUACAUUUCGGGAUGCUUCGCCGCCAAUGCAAUCGUGUACAGUUGGGCUGCAUCAUCUACGAGCCAGACCCCGGAGAAGAGAGCCUGUGCUACCGCGAUCAUCAACUUGACUGGUCAAUUCGGUAACAUCUGGAGUCCUUAUUUCUUUUUACCCCAUGAGUCACCCAGGUAUACUACAGCUAUGAUACUCAUGAUUGCAUUCUCCGGGGCCAGUAUUGUAGGCUGCUGUUUUAUGAAAUGGGUGUUGCGUCGGGAUAACAGGAAGCUGCUUGAUAGCUGGACGAGACCUGGUUCCCCAAACUUGUACACCCUCUGA